UAUCAAAUAUAUCUCACAUAAAAACCCUUCUACUUUUGGUAAGUCUAUAAGCGAUGGUGUGUGUCAGUAGCAACCAUCACACAAAAUGAAGCUCGAAUGUGCAUUACUUUUAAGUAUAUUGUUUGAGAUGGCGAAGUGUGCAAUUGACUUUGUUGAUUGUGGAUCCAUAUUAGAAGUAAUUGAUGUGAAAUUUGGUGAUUGCACACAAACACCCUGCAGUGUUGAACGAUAUUCUGAAGUAUCAGUCGAAAUUAAAUUGCGUCGAAAAUUUCCUGUUCCGCCGCUGGAAUCGGUGACCGCAUCUGCUGAAUUUGUCCAUCGCGGCAUUACUUGGAACUUAUGGAUAUCUCCCUGGGAUAUAUGCACGAUUUGGAAGUGUCCACUGCAAGAUGUAAAGAAUUAUACGUAUCGUGGCAAGAUUUCUUUUGAAUCUAUUCGUUAUUUGAGACCAGGAGAAGUACUAGUUAAGACCUUCGAUACCUGGGAACCUUACGGAGAACCCAUAUUCUGCGCAAGUUGGGAAAUAUAUUUUAUUUAGUAUAAUAGUGCCGUCAAUGAGGCUAUUUGGCUAUGGAUUCCAUCAUAACGCAUUAAUUUAGUUUAUAUUUUCACACUAAGUGGGAAAGAGCUCAAUAAACAAAGUCUACCCUAUGCCAAAACAA